GCAAGCGCUAAGAUGGCGAGCGAAGUUACUGAUAUCCGACGGACUGCCUUUAUUAUAGCAGUCAACUCUGCGUUACAAGUGCUACGCGAUAGCUACAGUCUCGAUCGGGAAGGGGACCAUAGUCCACGAGGGGGGUUCGUGGCGGCGAGGCGGCUAGCGAAUCGACUACUUGAAGGCUCGCCAACGCGCUUCUUUCAGCUAUUUCGGAUGAAUAAGGACACUUUCUGGAAGCUAUUAGAAUGGCUUGAAACGUACACAGCGUUCAAGGGGACCUACUAUCAAUCGGCGGCGCAGAAGUUGAUGAUCUUCCUCUGGAUCUUGGCAUAUAACGAGUCACAGCGGAAC